AUUGUACUUUAACUUCAGUACUGUGUGUUUUGUUUGAUGUAGUAAGAAAUUACAUUAUUACUGAGGCUUAGUAAACAGAAUAACUGGUAUAGUUUUUUUUCCUUUUGAUUUCAGCUUGUCUUUCUACAGACACCUUAUAUGGAAUAGUAUCAGGGCCUGCCUGUGUUACUGACGAGCAGUGAUAAGUGAACUAGGUGAUAUGAUCGAAACUGAGAGUCUGGGGUCUUAUUACAGUAAACCACUUGCACUAAUGGUCGCUGUUAUCCUUAGCAGCAUAAUUGCAACAAAGAUGUAGAAGCUGCACAUGCUCCUAAGUGUGUGCAUCUUUCCCCUGGUUUGGUAUUUGUGCUUACUAGUGGCUGCAUGCUAUUAAGCAAAUGUUAGAAAAGCCUCCUGAGAGCGUGUGCAGGAAAGCCUACGCUUGCAUGAAGUUCUUGUGCUUCAGUGUUGGAAGGCAGAAAGAUGUGUACCAGGUCCUUCACUCACACCUGGUUAACUACAACGCAUAUUGCACCUUUUACAAAUCAUUUUCACCUCUGUACUUGCAUUUCCUACUCAUUGCCUGCUUGUUAGCCUGAAGCUGUGUUCUGACUGCUCCUUCUAAGCCUGUCUCCUCAAGCAAGUACUCUACAUGACUUAGUAGGUGCACAUUUUAUAACUGUCUUGUGAAUAUCCUAUCCCUUAUAAGCUGCCUAAUCAUGCACACGUGUCUGGAAUGGUACAUCUACUUCCCACCAGCCUCCUUUGGAACGCCUCUCUUCUGGAAAGAGGUGUCCGCACGUUUGGCUAACCAAGGAAAAAACUCUCACAUCAGGUCACACCUCGGAGCUGCCCAGCUGGGAGCACCCACAGCGGUGCCUCAUGCUCACCUGCACCAGGAAAUGGUAGUAAUCAGUGAGGGACGCCUCAACUCCGAAACGCUGACAGCUGCUACGGACCAUCUUCUCCAACGCCUGCCCCAGCUAUUCUGUCAUGAAGUGAAGCGACGCCCGGGAGACCUAGCAACAGAAGGGCCUUGGCAGAUGAGGGGCAGCGGCCUGACGGGGGCGGACGCCGAUCUAGGCAAAGGGCGUCCGCGAACGUGGGGUCAGCACCGCACUGAGCGGCUCAAUACUGGGGAGGGCGCCGUCUUCCCGCCCUCGCCUCAGCGGCAGCGGGGCGCGGCGCAGGCAGUUCAGCGAGGGGCGUGGCCCCGCGAGCACAGGUGCGCCCGGAGGGGGCGCGGCCUCGGCCUCCCCGACAGGUGCGGCCCCGCCUUCCCCUCAGGUGCGGGCGGCCUGAGGCGGCGGCGCCGUCGCUCCUCAACCAUGGCGGCCCCCGGCGGGCUGGGCCGCUGCGUGGCCGCCUUCUGGCUGGCGCUGGCCUUCGACGCGCUAGGUUUGGCGGUGCUGCUGGCCGGGGUGUUUGCCGACGUGUUCUUCGCUGAUUUACUAAUCUACGCGGGCGGCAUCGGCAUCUUCCUCAGCCUCAUAUGGUGGGUGUUCUGGUACGCGGGCAACCUGGAGGUGUCACCGGAGGAGCUGCGCGACGACGUGGGGCUGGCACCGCCCAAGGGCCGCGGGGACAGCGUGCUGCGGGGUUUGGUGCACGGCUUCAGCCUCCGCCUCUCUUCAGUUUUCGGCACCGCGUCUCGUUCCCGCCGCGCCGCCGACCUGGAGCUGCAGCGCGCCCGGGGCCCGCCACGCCACCCCGCUGACGGCAGCAGGAUUUGUUGAAGACAAGCCUGUUGAAGUUAUUGCCUCUAAAAGAGGUGAAACUGCUACAAAUUAUGGAAGGAGAAAUCAAUACUCCAUGCAAUAGGAUUCUCUCAUUAUGGAAUAAUUUCUGCAACCACAGUGGACUGUAUAUAAACAGGAUGCGUAGACCUAUAUCUCUGCCAAAUGCACCUAUUUCAGUGUUGGACUGGAUCACGUCUGUUUGUUUUUUUGUUUGUUUUACCAUUUCAAAACUUAAAUUUGAUCUUCGAAGAAGUGAGACCUAAAAAGGAAACCAACCUGAUUCACAGAAAAAUAACUGCAGCAUAUUAUACAUAAGUAUCUUUCUUCAUAACCCAGGAAUGUUUGGAUAAAAAACUCUUGCACAGUGAAAAGCUUUUGCACUGUUUUCCUAAGGUCUGGAAGUUAAACUCACUGUGAAUUUUUAUGAUGCCAGUGCAAUACUUUUAUUUGUAAGGGUGCUUUUAAAAUACCUGUGUAAAACUACUGAUGCAAAGUUAUGAAUACAGAACUUGUUUAUAGUGUAAAUACACAAUUUACAGUGACUCCUGUGAAGUUUCAUCAUUAUUAGGGAAUAACUUCGAAUUGGAGGUUUUAUAUAUACACAAGUAAAAAUAGUGAUGUUGGCAUUCCAAUUAUUUCUUCAUAGUUGCAUAGAAUGUAAUAUGAUUUCUCUAAGAGGAGCCUUUUUAAUCCAGCUGUGAUACAAUAACUAUUUUUCUAAUGCUGAAGCAUUAAAAAAAAAAAAAACCAAAACCUGUAGACUAACAAGCACUCUGAUGCUUUACAAAGUUCUACCAAAUUUACAUAUAGAUGCAAUUGAAAUUAGAAGAAGCAUGUAUAAAAGAUUUAUAUUAAAGAUAAUGAUACCUAAAAUUCAUAUAUGUGAGAAAUUUGUGUGUUCCUCCGUUUCUGCACUAACACAAAGAGUUUGAGACCACCAUUGGCAAAUGCUGUAUACUCUGCACUUUUAAUGCCUGAUUGUUUUUAUGCUGCACUUUAUUGAAUACUAGAGGUGGAUUUAACAAGAGUUUACUCAGAAUACUGUGGCCGUAUUUCCUUGUGAACCCAUUAAAUAUCUUUCAAUGUUCUCUUGAAAGUUACUAGACUAACUUCUAUGUGUAUUAUAUUUCUUUAAAUAUUUUCCAAAUGCUGUCAAUCUUUCAAUAAGUUCACGUAGACACUAGAUAUGGAAAUCUAUGAUUUCUUUACUAAAUGCAGAUGUUAGGAGUUAGAGCUGUAUCCUCCUUUUAGAGGAACUGCAAUGUGACACCACUGUUUUUAUUACAAUGAUCUGAUAAAAAACAAACAAAACCCUCCUCCCUAAAACCUACAUACCAUGGUUUCAAUGUCAUUUCCAAGACAAUGUUCAUUUCUCUGUUCUGAAAAGUUACUUUUCCUGACUUCCCUGUAGUUUCAAUUGUUAUACUGAGUUUUGAGAUGUAUAAUGUCUAAUGAGAAGAAUAGCAGUCAUAAAUUAACCCAAAACUUGUGUACAGCCAUUCACGUACUAGCACUGAUGACAAACAGUUUUCUCUAAUUUAGUGUCGCAAUCAUAAUUAUCAAAGUAAAUUGAGUAGGGCUUUAAAUUUACUGUAGAUUACAAUGUAAUUAAUCUUCUAUCCAGUAUCAGAUACUUAAUGAUUGUGAUGGAUGGUUGUUAGAAUGUCAUCUGGUUGCUGACGUGUCACUCAAAUUAUAUGGGAUUCAAAUGUUUACAAUUAUGAAUUGUAUGUGCAAUUUAAUUUUAAAUAUAGGAGCUGGCACAUCAAAAAAAUAAAGAUUAUAUGUUCCUCAUA